AUGCAAAACACGAACACGGAGAAGCAGAUAGAAAAGAACUCCAACUAAGAACCAGCGAUGUCCCUCGCUCGGUCUCUCGAACUAGUACCCACAAACACUAAAAACCACACUUCACACCUAACCAACACCACCAUCCAGCAGAGAUGGCCAAGCGCGCAGCAGCAUUUCUCAUCACCUUCAUCCUCCUCCUCCAACCCCUCCUCGCCCAGCAAGCCACCACCACAACAACCAUCGUCGACUUCGCCGUCUCAGACCCGGCCUCCGUCGUCGCCGCCGACGCAACAGCAACCACGUACUGGAUGGCAUGUGUACCCAACGCCAAUCAAGGCUGCGGCACCUCCUCCCCGUUUCCGACGUACACCGUCGUUGGCGGGCCGUCCACUGCAGGCUUCACCUUCGUCGACGAGGGCUUGCAGCUGUCGGUUAGAACGGAGUGCGGCUGCGAGAAUUAUACGCCCACGACUUGCACGUAUGAGGCGAGUAGCGCUGGCUUGUAUGCGUCGACUGUGAGGCCGGCGGAGGCGUUUGGGCUGUCGUUGGUGGUGGUGACGAUUACGGCGGGGGUGGAGAAGUUGCGCGGUGCUGGUGGUGGUGGGGCGGAGGCUAGUGCGACGGGGACUGGGGCGGGGGCAGAUGAAAGUCAUAGCACGGCUACUACUGGAGCGUCGGCCACUGCGGCGACGACUAGUCCGACUGGAGCGGCUGAGGCUGUGCGACCAAGGCUGCUGGAAUAUGUUGGGAUUGCUGGGAUCGUCUUAGGGGCUCUGUGACCUAUACUGCCUCGAACUCUACACCUGCAUAUUGAGGGAGCUAGGUCUCGUGGCGAGGUAUUCCCCGGAUUCAAGGGCUCGCCGUACAGAUAAUAAGAUUGCUCGUGCAGCUAACUAUACGUGCAGUUGUACGUUGUUAUAAUCGGAGAAUUGGGCAUCGUGAGAGGAUAGGCUGGCCGUUUUGAGCUAGACCAAAGUGGGUAUAGUAUACACACUGUCCGGUCAGCGAUGUACUCCACACAGCUUGAUUCUAUCUCCUACUGCUUGAGAAGAAGUCGAUAACCGUACGGAAAUGCAAUAUCU